UAUUGUAUAUAUGGGUGCACUAUCAAAAGCUGAGGAUGGCUACUCCAUAGAAUCUGUCCAUUUGAACAUCUUAAAACAAAUCCUUGAGAGAAGUUCAGCUAGAGAAUCCUUAGUUUGCAGCUAUAGAAACAGUUUUGAUGGAUUUGCAGCUAAGCUCACAGAACAAGAGCAAAGAAAGCUAAGAGGCAUGGAAGGUGUAGUCUCUGUAUUUCCAAGUAGAACCCUUAAACCUCACACAACAAGAUCAUGGGAUUUCUUGGGAUUUCCAAGCACUGUAAGAAGAAUGCCUAACAUUGAGAGUGAUGUCAUUAUUGGCAUGAUUGACACUGGAAUCUGGCCUGAAUCUGAGAGCUUCAAUGAUAAUGGGAUUGGUCCUCCCCCGGGAAAGUGGAAGGGUAUUUGCCAAAACAUCACCUGUAACAAUAAGAUUAUUGGGGCACGAUUUUACAAUGCCGAGAAUAACUACAAAGAAGAGGAAGAGAAGUCCCCUCGUGAUAUUAUAGGACAUGGAACACACACUGCUUCUAUAGCAGCAGGUGUUGAAGUUAAAAAUACAAGCCUUUUUGGCCUUGGUGAAGGGACUGUAAGAGGAGCUGUUCCCUCUGCAAGGAUCGCUAUCUACAAAGCAUGUUGGAAAUCUGGUUGUGCUGACCAUGAUGUCCUGGCUGCAUUUGAUGAUGCGAUUGAAGAUGGUGUUGAUAUCUUAUCAGUUUCCUUGGGUGGUGAAUUUGCUAGAUUAUUACUGGAAGAUCCUAUUGCAAUUGGAGCAUUCCAUGCAAUGGAGAAAGGGAUUCUUACUUCUACAUCUGCUGGAAACUUUGGACCACUAACUAGUAAUAUCGCAAAUCUUGCUCCAUGGAUGUUAACUGUAGCAGCAAGCACCACAGAUCGUCGGUUCAUCAGCAAUGUCACAAUAGGCAAUCAGAUUACUAUGGUGGGACAUGCUAUCAACACUUUCCAAACUCAGACAAAGUCAUCCCCUAUUAUAUAUGCAGGAGAUCAUGUUGCACAUAACUUUAGCAGUAAAAGGGCAAGGGCAUGUACUCUUGGCUCCUUGGACAAAGAUUCAGUGAAAGAUAAGAUUGUCUUCUGCGAUACAUACUCUGAUGGUAGCGGGCCUGUCCUUAUAGAUGCUCAAGGAAUGGUGAUGGUAGAUGAUACUGGAUCUGAUGAUAUAGCCUUCUCUUAUCCUAUACCAGCAACGGCUAUCAGCAUUGCUGAUGGUGAAAAAUUAAAGCACUAUUUAGAUACUACCAGAAUCCCUGUGGCAAUGAUCUACAAAACUGAAGCAAUUCAUGAUCAUCAAGCUCCACAAGUGGCUUCAUUCUCUUCUAAAGGACCCAACACUCUUUAUCCAGAUAUCCUCAAGCCAGACUUAAUUGCCCCAGGGGUAGACAUCUUAGCGGCCUGGUCUCCAAAAGCCACAGUUUCAGGCUACCAAGGUGACAAGCGCUCUGUAAUGUACAACAUUAUAUCUGGAACAUCCAUGUCUUGCCCUCAUGCAACAGGUGCUGCUGCUUAUGUUAAAACAUUUCAUCCUUCAUGGUCCCCUGCUGCAAUUAAAUCAGCUCUCAUGACAACAGCUUAUCCCAUGAAUGGCUCCUAUCCUAAAGAGGCUGAAUUGGCUUAUGGUGCUGGUCAAAUUGAUCCACUAAAGGCUGUUAAUCCAGGUCUUGUGUAUGACAUUUCGAAAGCUGAUUAUAUACAAGAGUUGUGCAACAUGGGUUUUAGUGCGGAUGAAAUUAAGAUUAUUGCCGGAGGUAAUGUUACUUGUGCCAAGAAAAAUGGAACUGGUGCUCUUUUAAACUAUCCUUCUUUGGGUGCUUCAGUUACUGUGGGAUGGAAAAUUGAAAGAUAUUUUCCGAGGACAGUUACCAAUGUUGGCUUACCAAAUUCUACAUACAAGGCCACAAUUGGACCACAAAAACUACUAAAUGUUACAGUUAUUCCCAAUGUCCUAUCUUUCAAGUCUUUGAACGAGAAGCAGAAUUUCACUGUACAUGUUACGGGGCCAGGAAUUGACCAAGCUUCAAUCAUCUCUACAUGGUUACUGUGGUCUGAUGGGAUACAUAAUGUAAGAAGUCCAAUUGCCUUCUGGGCCUCUUUUUGAAAUUAUUAAUCUUUCUUCAAAAAGUUAUUUAGAAGAAAAAUACUAUCUUUAUGAUCUUUGAUCUCUAAUUGUGAACCAUUUGUGUUAAACUUGUUCCAAUUUACUAACUAUAAAGCAAUCAGUCACACUGACUGAAAGCUACAACCAUUAUAAUAA